AUGGCCUCGCACUCGGCCCGGCGCAAGCUCAUUGGCGCGCGUCCUGUCCGCGGGCGAGGCGGAGCUCAGCUGAGACCAGAUCCCAUCUCGGCCCCCAAUACUGCCCGUGGAGGAAGCAUCUUGCCCGUGGGGGCUCAGCAGCAGAAGCAUCCCCAGCACUUGCACGGUGUGCCUCUCGGCCACCUCGAAGAUCUGGCGCGAUCAGUGUGGGGUGGCACGAAAUCCGCCCACAAGCGGACUAAUCCCAAGAGUGGCUCGUCUGCAUCCGUGAUUUUACGGCGGCGACCAACAUCACUGUCCGGCAAAGGUGUGAAGUUCAUCGUGAGAGCUACCAUCAUUCGCCGAAUUCCGAAUCCCAAUCCAGUCAUAACUCCGCCUCCAAGAUGUGUCCCAACGGUGUUAUGUCCCGACGUGCCGAACGAGAUAGGCGAGCUGCAAGAUCUGAGACCGGCCACCGUUGAGGGCCAACAUGGCCAUGAUGCAGCCCUAGUGAAGACCCAUAUCGUUGGUCGGAAGCUGCCGGGGAGCCAAAGCUUGGUGUCGACAGGGAGAGAGCAACGGCCGCAAGCGGAACUACCCCGCCGUUUAUAUUUGAGAGGGUGCAACCAAGACGAAGGUUUAUUUUGGCCGUUGUCUGCUCGUCUUGAGCAGAACCCGGCGGUGAUGCCCGGAGAUCAGGACACGGCGAAGUCUGUGUGUCGGUCACAGACCGGAGAGUGCGGCCGUGUUCGCCGCAGGUCACUCGACCACACAGAGUCUGUCUGUGCUGGGGGACAUCUAAAACUAGAGGGACGCCACCCGUAUCUUAGGACACGGCAAUUCAAGAGUAGAAUGACCCAGAAUGUUUCGAAACCAAGCCACACAGCCCGGAGCUUUUGCCCAUUUGACGGGAAGCCGGAAUUGGAAGCGGGAGUGUGUUGGUUCGAUCACGUAGCACCGGGCCGUACUGCGAGUUAA